GAACUUAAAAUCCCCCCUCCCUCCAAUAAGAUCAAAUGGCAGAGUGGACUAACAGAGUUCCUUCCCUCUCCCUCGCAGUUAAACUGCAUUUCCUCGGUUGUCAGUAAAGCCAGCCCUCGGUAUUUAUCACGCUAUUGACGUGCUGUUAGCAAAUGGGAGCGGGCGGCCUGAUCUCUCGCCCGGGGAGGUCAUUCCGCUUUCAGCUGCCACUUGUUGCUGAGACCUCCUGGGUAUUAAGACUCACCGCGCAUAUUCAUUUUUUAAACGUAAUAUUUUCUCGUAAUCGGGUGGGAAAUAUCGAUGGUUGGACCGGAAUACAGUCACUUUUGACACCUGAAAGUUAAUCGAGAGCAGUUCGAUAUUUUAUUAGCUAUAACGGGAGGAGUAUGGUUGAUAACACCGGUAUGGCAACAAAAUCUGCUUUGCAAACCGCCUUCUCAUCGGCGACCUCCCUUCCCAUACUGGUGUCUCCCGGCCAGACUCACAGCCAUUUCCCGGGCUCCCAGUCGCAUCAGCCGGCCGGCGGCAUGAAGCUGGAGGCGGUCAUGGAAAACCUCCAGCGGCAGCAAGCUGCGCGCCUGGCCGUUCAGGAAAGACUCCGGCAGGCGGAAAAGGAGAAACACAUACGGAGUCUGGUGGAAGUACAGAUUAAACAGCGAACUCUGGCUCUCGGCCACUACCAGGCAGCAAUCCAAAGCGCCUUGGCUGCGGGGGAGCCCGGCUCGCCCUUGGGGACCAGCUCUGAAAACAGGCAACAUGUUAACCGAGACUUGUUAAGUUACAAUGAAACGGAAGAGCACUCGGACUCAGCCAGCGAGCUGGCAGACGAUCCCGGCACAGACGCCGAAGAUCGGGAUCUGGAGGAAGGUGGUCUGGAGAAUGGGGGAGUCGUGGCUGACGUAGCGGAGGGAGAGUCGAGGGGCUCGCCGUCCCGCAGCUCUUUGCAGAGGGGUACAGCAGCGCAGACGCUGCCCAGGGCCGGGCGGCAACCCUGCCCCGCGCCGGGACAGUCGCAAUCGCCUGGGGGAGCGACGCAGCACGAAUGGACUUAUGAGGAGCAAUUCAGACAGCUGUAUGAGCUGGAUGAUGACGAGAAGCGGAAGGAGUUCCUCGAUGACCUCUUCAGCUUCAUGCAGAAGCGAGGGACCCCGGUGAAUCGGAUUCCUAUCAUGGCCAAGCAGGUGCUGGACCUCUACACCCUGUACAAGCUCGUCACGGAAAAAGGGGGCCUGGUGGAGGUCAUCAAUAAGAAGAUAUGGCGAGAGAUAACCAAAGGCCUGAACCUUCCCACUUCCAUCACCAGUGCCGCUUUCACUCUGCGCACGCAGUAUAUGAAGUACCUGUACCCGUACGAGUGCGCCAAGCGGGGGCUCAGCUCGCCGGGGGAGCUGCAGGUCGCCAUCGACAGUAACCGGCGCGAGGGUCGCAAGCAAGGAUUUGGCGCCGGGCUCUUCGGCUACCCCCCCGUCGGCACCGCAGUGGCCCUCACCCCGCCGAAGGUCCCGCUGGCUCACGUCGCCGCCCCCUCCCUCAGCAGCGGUCGGGCUGCUCCGGUCAGGAUGGUAAAGAACGAGGAGAACACGCUGCCCCACUGCAUGAGCUCGCAGAUCCCCGUCGCCACGGCGAUGGCGGGUCACCACCUGGCCGCGGCGCAGGCGGCGGCCCUGGAGCAGCUGCGCGAGACGCUGGAGUGCGGCGAGCCGGCGCGAAAGAAGGUGUUGCUGGCGGCGGAGGAGCAGCAGAUGAGCAUGCAGCGCGCGCUUCAGCGAGACCUCGUCACCAUGGCGACACAGCUUCCCAUGAACAUAAAGUUGAACAGCAGAGAUGACAGGCAGGGAAACGCAUUGAACCUGUCUACCAACGGCAUUAGCAGCAUCAACAUGUCAAUAGAAAUAAAUGGAGUUGUCUACACAGGUGUCCUGUUUGCUCGGAAGUCAGCCACUGCAGGCCUUCCAAGCCGGAGCAGGAACGGUCGCCAGGAAUCUCAGGGAAAGUCCAUCCUGGUUCCGGCAGCACACAGCCAGUCCCCCGCCUCCCCAUGUUCAUCAGGGGGAAGCGGUUCUGCCUCUGGGGGCCCCGUAUCUUGAAUAUUGAAAUACUCAUCCAGUCAACAGAACUGUCCCACUACGUCCUCCGUCUGUUUGUGAUUUUUCCAGGAAGGAAACAUAGAAUAACUGAGGGAAAAACUAAAGGGAUGAAUGAAAGGUUUUACUAGGAUUAUAUCAGGAGUGAUCUUUCCUUAUCUGAAAAAAAAUUAUAUAUAUAUAUAUAUAUAUAUAUAUAUAUAUAUAAAUCUGAACUUGCAAAGAUUGUGGUCAGUUGUGGUCAAUCAUACAUAGUUUGUCUCAUAUAUUUUCUCCAUAGGCAUGGGAGAACAUUUAUGUGAUGAAUUUAGUCAUGUAAAAAAAAACAGUCAUUGCAAAUGAAAAAGCAGGAAGCUGAUACCAAAGACAAACAGAAAUUACAUGUUCAUGUACUCUAGCUCUAGCUACAUUUUGUAGGUCACGUCUUUUGAUGGUAAGAUGAAACUGCGGCAUACGUAUUGAAAAGUGGUCGAUUCCAACUGCAAAAACUGAGGAACUGCUGUAUUUUGUACCAUCUGUUGCAACAACACAAAUUACAACCAUGCUGAACAUCCAGUGAAUGGGUGGUACCUGCUUGGAAUGGACUUUAUCCAGUAGAGGAAGAACUCUUUGACCCCGAUGGUGAUCAGGCCUACACAAUGUUAUCGUUUCCCUACGCUUUCUGAUCUCCCCACAGUCAUUUCAGGCUGAGAUGGUGGAGAUGCUGUAGGAAUGGCCACUCGUGUUUUAUCAAGUGAGACUGUGAAAUCUGUCUGAAAACAUCCUCUCUCGUGCUUCUGUGUGUGAUGUGAAGAGCGUCGUCGUAAGUAGCCUGGUUGGGACACAACGUGGACAGCCUGGAACUACAGUGAUUAUGGGCCAAAGAUCAUGCAUAACCCUGUGGCUUUUUGAUAGACCUUCUUACGAUGUUUACCCUUGAGUUUUUGUUACCACGGUUUCCAGUUCCACAUGGGCAUGGGAUGGAGUUGCAUGACACACCUUGAGCUUUACAUGUAAUGGAUACAGCAAGUUGGAUCUGAAGGAGUGAGUGCAGAUUGGUGGUUCUGCUCACUGUAUCUAAAAGGGGUGCCAUCGUAUGAGAGCUGGUAUUGGGUGUAUUCUGCUGUUCUCACGGAAAGCCGUUUCUGUGACUGAGGACCAGUUGUGUUGAACUAACUUGAACCAAACUGGAUUUCUGUUAUUAUUGGCAAGGCGAGUGGCACUGAUGUUUUAUAUGACUAUUUAUUGCAGUGCCUUCCCCUACAUCAGGUUAACAGGUUUAAUGGUGUGUUGGAUGCUUAGUUUUAUUACUGGUGGUUGGCAGAAACUGUUACAUUUUUUUUAGCCUUUUACUGUAAUGUGAUUCUUGAAAUAUUACACAACUGAUCAUUUUUAAAGUACAAAUAACUACUUGUUGCUCAAACUCAUUCAGCUCAUUCAGUUUGUGCCUGUGUCACAGUCCAGAAAUCUCCAAGGGUGUGUCAGAGUCUAAAAUGAGAAAUAAGCUGUUACCAGUACAAGCUUCACAGGAAGUCCCGCCUCCUCAUGCUCCGCUCAUGUUCCCUUUGCCAGGACCCCCCCAUUUUACCCAGUUUGUUUGGCUCCUGUACAUCCCAUGUUUUGAUUUUAAAUGUGAACAGUGAAGUUUUACGUUCUAUAUUUAAUAAUAAUAUGGGUUGUAUAUUUUCAGCAUAAUAAUGUGAUACUGAAGUCAUUAAAAAACAUUUCCCGGAACAACACUACUUCACAAUAGCUUGCUUUAUCCCUUUUUAUGUGUCUGCAGCAUCUCUUAAAUUUAUAUUUGGGGUUCCUUUUUAGUAAAUUUAGUAUAAUUUCAUAGAGUAGCUAAAUUUGAUUGCACACCUUUAUAAAGUUGUUUAGUAGUUUGGGUCGUCUUGCACCUCCACUCGGUGUCCCUGAUAAUUGACGGAAUAGACAGAACGCAUGAACGGUGCAUCGGGAAACAGAUUCUGUAAAAUACAGAAUUGUGAUCUGGGGGGGGGAGGGGUCUUUGACAUUAAUGAGAGGCCUUGUGAACGUCAUUUAUUUGUUUGCUAUUGUGAUGGAAAAAAACCCAAGGGAAACAAGUAAAUGUUUUAUAUUCUUAUGUGUUUUUUUUAUUAGUAUUUGUAUUGUUUAACAUGUUUUCUAUUUUUUUUUUUAAUUUAUUUUAGUUUUUUAAGGUUCAUACUGGGACUGUAAACAAGAACGUUAUAUUUGUCUGUAGGUUUGUGUACAGCCUGAUACCUCAUAUCUGUAUAUGCAUAAUAGAUUCUAAAUACCAAAUAUACCUCAUAAUUUUAUUUCCAUUAUUUUAAAAAUAUCCUGUCGAUUUGGAAAACAACAUUUGUGUCAAGAAAUCACUGGAUGCUGUCAUAUUUGAAAUGUUAUAUGUUAUACCAAAGAGGGGAAUAUUUUAUAAUAUCAUCUACCUCAUUUGUAUGGGCUGUGCCAAAAAGCUUGAUCACAACCUUAUCCGCCAGUUUGAAAUGUAGAUUUGAGGCUGUCACAUGGAACCUGCUGAAAACAUACGCAAAAAUGUUGGAAAAUUGUGUGAGAAUUCUUUUUCUACAAUGUAUUCCACUGCCUGAAAUGUUUGUCCACAGUGUCAUGUUAAAAAUAAUCAGAUACUCUUAUGAGGGUAAAAGUAAAUAUUUAAAAAAAGGUUUGUACAAUAAAAAUAAGAAUAAAAAAAAUAGGCAUUAAGUUUA